UUGGCGGAGGCGCUGCUGCUGGCGUGCGCGGGCGGCACCGGCCUCUACUACCGACACAUGACGGAGGCGGCGCACCAGCACACGUUCGAGGGCACGCGCACCUGUAUCGAGUCCCGCAUCAAGCUGGAGUGCGAGAAGGAGCAGCAGGAGCAGCUGCUGCUCAGCGUCAUCCCCGCCUACAUCGCCGCAGAGGUGAAGAGGAGCAUAAUGCUGAAGAUGGCGGACGCUUGCCAGGACAUGGCCAACAAGCAGACACGCUUCCACGAGAUGUAUGUCCAGCGGCACAACAACGUCAGCAUCCUGUACGCAGACAUCGUCAACUUCACUCCGCUGUCCGAACAGCUGAGCGCUUCGGACCUGGUCAAGACUCUCAACGAGCUGUUCGGGCGGUUCGACCAAAUAGCGCAGGACAACCAGUGCAUGCGCAUCAAGAUCCUGGGCGACUGCUACUACUGCGUGUCCGGGCUGCCCGUGUCGCGGCCCAACCACGCCUGCAACUGCGUCAACAUGGGCCUCCAGAUGAUUGACGCCAUCAGGUUCGUCCGCGAGGCGACCGGCUUCAACGUGGACAUGCGCAUCGGCAUCCACACGGGCAACGUGCUGUGCGGCGUGCUGGGGCUGCGCAAGUGGCAGUUCGACGUCUGGAGCGACGACGUCACGCUGGCCAACCACAUGGAGUCCGGCGGGCGGCCCGGACGCGUCCACAUCACGAGGGCGACGCUGCUGCAGCUGAACGACCAGUUUCAAGUGGAGCCUGGCGACGGGGCGUCCAGGGAGGCCUACCUGGCCGACCACAAGGUCGAGACUUUCCUCAUCGUGCCGCCCAAGAAAAACGACAGCGGCGGUGGACAGGAUGGCUCGGCAGGUGGCGGGGGUGUCGCCCAGGAGGGCAGCGGAGGCGGCGGGGGCGGAGGCGGCGGGGGCAGCAACUGCCUGCGCGCCGCCAGCACGGCCUCCGACCUGUCUCGCAACCGCUCGCCGAGCAAGAUGACCAAGUACGUGGAGUGCUGGGGCGCCGACAAGCCGUUCGCCAACAUCGCCGAGAGCACGCUCGCCAAGAACAUCGGCCUCACGAGUAUCUCCAUGAUUGAGUCAAACUUGCUGCCCAGCGAGAGCUCCUGCUUCGACUGCAAGCAGUGCAUGUCUCAGUCAGAGGAGAUGAACCCGGCACUCCUGUGGUUCAAAGACAGCGGCCACGAGACGGACUACCGCAGUGAGCCGGACCUGCAAUUCCGCUACUACGUGCUCGCCGCGCUCGUCCUCUUCCUCUGCAUGGCCACCGUGCAGCUGCUCAUUCUCAAGGGGGGCGUGGUGCUGUGGGGGUCCCUGGGGGCGACGCUAUGCGCGUUGUUAGUGUUCGCCUACCUGUGCUGGCUGGAGGGUCGGUGCCCCGGGGGCGGCUCGUCACCCACCCCUGCCGUGGGCGGCGGCUGCCCGGGGGCGGCGGGGGCGGCGGCCGGUGACGAGGGGCGGCACACGGUGAGCGCCCACCGCUGGCUGCGCCUCGCCGUCUUCUCCAUCACCGCCGCACUCUUCGCCGCCUGCGCCGUCAUCACACUGGUGGAGGUGGGCCCAGACGGAGAGGCGCCGGCGCUGCAACUACUGGAAGCUAUGAACAACAGCGCCAACUGGACGGACGUGGCCGCCGGGGACUCGUGGCCCGUCCUGGGAGCCGCUCUCACGCCGGACGCCGUACCGUCUUACCUGUACAGCUCUGCGCUGUCGCUGUGUGCCGUGUCGGUGUUCCUGCGCGCCGGCUUCCUGCUCAAGCUGCUCUUCAUGGUCGCCACCGCCGCCGCACACCUCGCUCUCUACUCCUCCAUAGAAGCCUUCCACCUCUACUUCCGCAGCACGCGCGAUGGGAUGGAGCUGGUGCCCGCGCCGUUCCGCAUGGCGCUGCUGCUGCUGGUGGUGGUGUCUCUGCUGCACGUGCUCGACCGCCAGCUGGAGUUCACGGCGCGCACGGACUUCCUCUGCAAGGCCAAGCUGCGCGUCGAGCAGGAUGAGGUGGAGACGAUGCGCGGCAUCAACAAGAUCCUGCUGGAGAACAUCCUGCCGGCGCACGUGGCCGACCACUUCCUGGCGGGCGCGGCGCGCCACUCGGACCUGUACCACGAGCGCUACUCCUGCAUCGCCGUCAUGUUCGCCUCCAUCCCCAACUACAAGGAGUUCUACGACGAGAACGACGUCAACAAGCAGGGGCUCGAGUGCCUUCGGCUGCUCAACGAGAUCAUCUGCGACUUUGACAAGCUGCUGCUGAAGCCAAAGUUCAGCUGCAUCGAGAAAAUCAAGACGAUCGGCAGCACUUACAUGCUGGCUUCGGGACUGCGGCCUGGCAAGGAGGACGGCGGAGGGGACGAAGCCAAAGACGCUUGCCGCCAGCAAGAGCACAAUGUGGUCAUCCUGGUUGAGUUCGCCGUACAGCUGAUGACCAUUCUCGACCAGAUCAACAGGGAGUCCUUCCAGAGGUUCAAACUCAGAAUAGGUCUGAACCACGGACCAGUGAUCGCAGGCGUGGUGGGCGCCCAGAAGCCGCAGUACGACAUCUGGGGCAACACCGUCAACGUCGCCUCGCGCAUGGACAGCUGCGGCAUCAUGGGCCGCAUACAGGUGACGGAGGAUACGGCGAAGAUCCUGAUGGCCGCCGGAUACGACUGCGAGUGUCGUGGGCCGACUUUCGUCAAAGGCAAGGGCACGCUCACCACCUACUUCGUCAGGACGCCCUUCGACGAGAAGUAGACCCCGUCGACUGCCUGCGAUUCGCCUGCACCGACCAUGUUGGACGUUUAACUCCGGAAACAGUCGAUCGUGUUGUCGUCAUAAGAACCAGGGAACGCUGGGACAUGCUCGCUGCUAAAGAACCAAGAUGUUGGCGACACACCGUUUUUCCGUCAAAAUGUACAAAACUCUUUACGUAUGAAACAUUGCAUGCCGACAAGAAUUAUUUCAUCUUGAGAGCGUUUAUCAUCUUAUACAUGUUAGUACUACAGGUGUUAUGUAUCAUAUUGAACUUGUGGUAAUUUGAGAACUGAAGAUGGCACUAAAUUAGUGACAGGGCUUAAUACACCAUGCUGGAUUGUUUCACGAUCUUAGCGGUGAUAAACGAAACGGCUCGUUUUUACUACCGAGAUCUUAUGAGGCUUUUGCUUCUGAUGCGAUAUGUCGUCAGGUUGUGAAAUAAGCUCUUCUGGGAUUAUCAGUACAGUUCUCAUUUCCUACUGGUAUUCAAAAGUCCUUGAACCUAACUUAUAUUUGUACUUGUUGUGGCAUUAAGAGAAGGUAAAUGCUCAGAGUGGUACUGCAUUGCUGCUGGUAUGUAAAACAUUUUGACUACUUCACUUAUUUAAAUGUGAAACAAUUUCACCGAUAUUCUUCAGAGCUCAGGACUGAUUGUAUUACAAAACUGAAAUUCAGUAGUAAGAGAAAUUGUUUGCUAUGUGCCCUGUGGGUAGUCUAGUUAUCAUUCCCUCUUGAUAUUAGAAGGUGCUUGUUCAGUUUUUCUGCUAUGCACUGGAAAUACGAAGAGCAAUCUUUCAGGAAGGGAUAUUAUUAUCAUAAAAUUUCUUUUAUUGUUACUUUAAUCUUUAGGAGUGACAUGUUGUGAACGAUUUGCCCUGGAAACUGAAACAUGAGUUGGUUAUAAAACGUAGGUAUAUUUCAUUAGUCGAUCGAAGAUCACUGGAAAAUGUUUGAUGACACUAUGAUUAGUAUCACCAACUUAACAGACUCUAGGGAAUACAACUGUUAGGAGAAGCUUUUUCAUCAGUUCAAGAGAAAUACAGUUCUUUGUGAGCCUCUUACCAACACUAUAGACCUGUUUCUAUUUCCGUUAGUUCCAUUAGCCAUUCAUAGUGUGAUGGAACUUAAAGUUAGAAGUUCCUUUAUUUUGUGUGUCAGCAUUGUUCUGUUUAUGCAGCACAAGCAACUAGAACACAUUUUGAACAUGAGGGAGACACACAAUAUAAUGAUAGGAUCAAAUUUUAUUUAUCUGAGUUGUUUGAAAUUGCUUUCUUGCAGUCACUCAGCAAAUUUGUCCCCUUUGUGGAACAGACAUAUUCCAAUCGUUUGUGCUGUACUGUAAUCGAAACACAUGUAAGAGCAGUAAUUCUCAAACACUCAUUGCCGUUCUGAGGACUAAUAUAACCUCUUCCUGUAAUGUGACUAUCCAAUUCAAAGACUGUUGUCUGCUUGUAACUUGGCUGUCACUAUUGAUAAGAAAUAUGCCCUAACAACACAUGUCUCAAAGUUUAUUCUUGCUUUAGUUGCAAACCAUUUCCAUUGUUUUCUAACUUUAGCAAUUGUGUAUGGAAUUUGAUGUAGAUUUGUGUCCACUGUGACUUAACCAGUUUGAAAUUAGACGUUCCAUUGAAAGAGAAAUUCGUCUUCUCAUGGGAAUCAUUCUUGCAAAGCCAAUCAGAAAAUUUAUUUGUACACACAUUUUUACCUACUUACUGUUGUUCCAGUGAUGGUGACAUUGUUUCCUUCAAUACCCUUUAGACAAUGACGACCAGCCAUGAAAUACUGUAAAUUUCCGCCUCAUGUGUAACUCACCCAAAGAGAAAUUCAGUAUUGGAGUAGAGAUGUAUAAUCACUCUCUUUGCCCCUCUGUUAAAUUUGUUCAUUCUUUAUUUUUAAAUUUUAAUGUUCCUUUCGUGGGAAAAUGCGUACGGUGAUGUGGGUACUAUGAAUUAGUACCAAAAGUCAAAGGUACCACAAGAAAUGUAAAUUGUGCUGGGAAACACAUUUAAGAAUAGAAACAUGUCAAUUUAGUUCAUAUGAAACAGUUCAAAUGGAAAUGUUACUCUAAGAUAGGCCAUAAAGAAACAGUGGUAUGUCAAUAACCGUUCGACACUAUGACGAUAGAUAAUGAUAAACUGGCUCACCACUGGAGAGGAAAAAUUUACAUUUCAGAAUUUCAUCCACCAUAGUAAUUACCAAGUGACAGGUAUAGUCAUUUCUGAAGAUGAACAAAUGACCAGUACAUAAGAGUAUUCUAGAAACGUUCACAUGAUCCCAUAACUUAGUUUUCUUCUUAGACACCUAUUCUAGACUCUCAAAAUGUUUUCCGUCCUAUGCCUUUUCCAUGAUAUGCUGGCAGUUUCAUUAGUUUGCAAUGUCAUACAGUACUCGAAGCAUUCUUCUUGCCCUUGCUCUCUUCGCUCCAAUUGUUCAUUCUUCAUUGCAGGCAGUUUCAUCACAGUAUGUCUUCUAACAGUGAUGUUUUCCUUAUUCUUAUCAUCUCCAUUAAAUUUUCCCCCUUUCUUCAUAUUUCUUCAGUUCUCAUUAUGUCAUUCCAUUUCAUUUUAAGCAUUUUUUCUCCACAGCCUCAUCUGACUCAUGUGUCCAAAGAAUCAAUUUAGGUGAAACAGAGAUGCAGAUGUUUAUAAAUGCUUAUUCUUUUCUAAAUGUUGUCAUGUUCCUAGAUUGAUGGUUUUAUAUAUGAGAUACACCAAUGAUCAAACAUCACUCCACCCACCUUCGCUCCAUUAAUUAUGUCAGUCUAGCAAGUGGCUCCCAGGACACAACGUUAAUUGGUAACUUAAAUUGUACUCGAGUUCACAUAUCUUACCCUGUCGCAGCAGCUUUCAAAUGCUGCAUCCUGUUGCCUGCCGUACAGAGAGAAAGGUGCCUCUGGCUGUAGUCGCUCAUAGACCACCUUGCCCUUCACUACCUGCCGUCUGCCGACAAGUUCUUAGACAAAUAACUACUUUCUGCAAAUUAUUAUCAAAUUAAAAUGAACAACUGGGUUACAAAAAAUUUCUGUACUUCCCACACUUGAUUAUUAGACGACGCCAGAGUACUUUCUGUUAUUGACACAUCAUUGCUUCCUUAUCUAAACCAGGAAGUCCUACUAUCGUAUGUCACUGAGAAACAUGAUAGAUGCAUUAUGAGUUCUUGGUUGGUUCCAAGGGUACUUACUGCAGGAUAGAACAGAGUGUAGGUCGCCGUGUUUAUGUGCAAUAAAAUUUUACUAUACUAUGAUUCUACUAAUAGCGUAUUGACUGUGGGCAUUUUCUUAGGUGCUUUGUUUGGGCACCCUUCUGAAUUUCAAAUUUUAGUGUGAAGAGGAGAAUUCCUAUUUUUGCUGGUAUACAAGGAAACACAUUGACAAAAACAAACUUAACUAUUUGACAGCAAGCAGCCAUUUUUUUCCUGUUUGGUUGGUAACUGUCUUGAAAUUUGAUAUCAGUUUACAGUUGUAUAGUCGCAGUCACAAUGUCAGUAAGAUCUAGUUUCUAGAUAAUGUUACUAGAAGCAUGUACAUUUCCUAAGAACAGCCUUAAUCUUGCCUAGUAUGACUGUCUUGAGGAAACAACACUGAUAUGAUUCUUGAAAUAUAUCAAACAAUACGAACAUUGUUAAAAUACACAUAGGUGUGUUUUAGCUGCAUUCACAUUUGUGUUAUUUAGUUUGCCAGACAAUAGUGCGUGUACAUAGAAAAUUUUACUGUUGUGGAAGUGUUGUAGAUAGAUUUAUAGAAUCAUCAGUUUAUGAGAAGAAGACAAAAUCUUAUGAAGCCUUUACAGGCUUCGGUCAAAUUGUGAAUUACUUGAUGUGUCUACUUCAGAUUCCCUUUUGCGCAUAGUGCAUUUCCUGUAGUGCUGUAGUGAUCACCCUCCAUGCCAGGUGAGAUACCCUGUUAUGUCAAGUAGCAGCGUAGAGAAGUUGAAUAGUAGGCACUAUGACGUGCAUUACUCGUUGGUGUGUUUUAGGCUUUGGUUUGCACAAACUAAAAUAGUCUCUGUGAAGUAGAUAGAAUUUGAGAAGUACGAGCUAGGAUGUUAACAAAUACAUUCCGAGAUUCAGGUUACAACUAGAAAUGGCAUGUAACCAGUGCAACAAAUCAGAUUAUUUAUGUAUGUAAAUUUAAAUGUGCAUUUAAUAAAAGCAUGUUAUUUAUA